GUAAAGUUCCCGUUUUAAAAAAAAAGCAAGUAAAGUUCCGAUAGAUUACCUUUCAGUCCCUUCUCCUGCAGUGACGUUCAAUGCCAAUCUCUAAACUUAAAAACCGUGUUUAUUAGAAGAGCGACAUCAACGAAUUUGCGGUCGGAAUUGGCUGUCCAAACUCCAAUGCCGACUCACCUCCGUAGUCAGACCACACACACAGUGCUUGGCCGUCUAUAAAGCAGCAGCCUCAAAUCGGUUUUCCCCCCACUUCGAUUUUCUCUGUAAUUGGGGGUUUAGGGGUUUUGAUUAGUUGUUACUGUGAUCAGUCAUUCACAAUUUUUUCUCAGUUAAAUAAAUUCAUCCCAUUUAUUUUUCUGCGGGAGCUCAAUUGGAUUUGAUUCUGUUUCUUUCAUGUGGGUCCGGCUUAAACCUAGAAAAUUCCAGGUACGAAUUCAUUACUCUGUGAAUUUUCGUUUUCUUUAGCUUAAUAGGAUCGCGUCGUUUAUUUUGCUGGUGAGUGCCAGAAUCUCGGGUUUACUCUAAUGUUGGUUCGAUGAUUUGAGGUCGGAACUGUGGGUUCUUGGUCUAAAGUCGAUCAAGGUCAUUCAAUUUGAUUACGGUGUGAUAUUAUGAAGUGUUGUCUAAUAUGAGCCAUGGAGAGGGGAAAGAUAAGUUCUUGAGUGAGAAAGAGAAUCCGCAGUCAAUGAGGAAGAAAAAGAAGUUGGGGAAAGAUGAAUUUGCCCAGGCCAUUGCCAGGAAUGUGGUGGCGCAGGUUUGUGAAAGCUUAGGUUUUCAGAGCUUUCAGCAGUCUGCAUUGGAUAAUCUAGCUGAUGUAGCAGUGAGGUAUAUUCGGGAGAUAGGAAAAACUGCGUCGUCUUAUGCGAAUUUAGCUAAUAGGACGCAGUGUAAUGUUUUCGAUGUGAUUCAGGGGUUGGAGCAUUUGGGCUCAGUCCAGGGCUUUUCAGGUGCUUCUGAUGUUAGGCAUUGCCUUGCACGAUCAGGUGUUGUUAAGGAUAUUAUUCGAUAUGUCAGUCAACCAGAUGAAAUCCCAUUUGCAUAUCCAGUUCCUUCUUUUCCGGUUGUAAAAGAAACGGUAUUGGACAUUAGUUUUGCUCAGGCAGAGGAAAACCCCCCUGAAGAACAUAUACCAAGCUGGUUGCCCAAGUUUCCAGAUCCUGCGACUUAUGCAGAGUUAAGUUCUGGAAACGAGAAAGACUCAGAAACAGAGGCGGUUAAGAUUCAGCAGGUGGAACAGCAGCACAGGAGAGCUGAGAGGUCUUUGCUGAAUUUGCAGCAGAAGUUAAUUUGUAAUGGAUCUGAAGCAGGAGUAGUUGUUGAACAAGGGGAUGCUGCAAAGGCACAACGAGCAGCAGAAAACAAUCCAUUUCUUGCUACCCCUCUUCAAUUUUGGGAAAAAGAGGUAUCUUUGCCUACUUUGCCAGCUAGACUUAUUGAUGAGUCUCUGGGGUAUGGGUAUCAUCAAAGUCAUGAAGCUAUGGAAAACCAUGUUUCAAUUAUGGAGCCAUCUUCGCAAGCCAAGGAACCUGCAAGGAGUGGUCCUUGUGAGCCUGAGGACAGGAGAAAGAUUCCUCUAAAUGGGAGGCCCAAUGUACAAUUUAAGUUUGAGAAUGUUAAGAAAUCCUUAAGCAGGGUGGUGAACCCUCAAAACAAGGGCACUGAGAGAACUUCUCCUUGGUUUGGUGACGAUCAUGAUGGAGCAGACGAGAAGAAAGGUAGGGCUGAGAAGAUCCUUUGGGAAAAUACGGAGUAUCCACCAGAAGUGUCUAAUGUGUAAAUUAGAAUGUUUGAUUAGAGACUGUAAAAUUUUUUUGGAGCUAGCAUCCAACGCUUGCUUCAUGGUAGUCAUAGUCGAUGAGCUAGAUCUUCUCUACACAAGCAUUUUAGAGUUCUAAAUGAACACGUUCACUGAGUUGUUGAGGGUUAGUUGUCUGCAUGGGCCCAUGUCAUUGAUAAUUUUUUCAUAACUGAAAUUAAAAUCAUUAGUUUUGAGUUU